GAGAUUUAGGGAUUCCCCUUUGGCACUUCUUGAAUGUCACGAUGCUCACUUUAGUGAAAUAUCGUUCGUUCGUAAAUUCGUAAUAUAAUCGCCGAUCAAUCCCGAUUCACACAACGCUCGUCGCGUUGGCCCAGUUACGUUGACGGCGAAGAGGCGAGUAGCGAGACUAGCGAAGUGGACGAAGGCAGACGAAGGGGAAGAUUGGGAAAGAUCGUUGCAAGUUUGAUCGGGGGAGCGAGGAAUGCGGGGAAUCUCUUUCUCUCUCGACUUUUGACAAGGGAGAGAUUUGUCGACUCGCUCACUAAUCGACUGUUUGGCUCAGUCUGGCUUUUGCAACACACUUUGACGGAUUGUCGAGUUCACGCUAUUUAUCUGGACUCCAAACUCAGUUCAUAGUCCGCCGAUUAAUAUCUUCAUAAAUAAUGGACGAUUCUCCAUUGCAAAAAGUAGAGCUGCAAACAGAUGUCUAUAUGGUAUGCUUGCAGCAUGCUUUAUCUACAGAGAACUUUGAAGUAAUGGGAUUACUUAUCGGUAAUUUUGAGUGUGGAGUAGCAAAAAUAUCAGCUGUUAUUAUUUUGCGACGUCUAGAUAAGAAGAAAGACAGAGUAGAGAUAUCGUCAGAACAAUUACUGAAAGCUGCUGCUGAAGCUGAACGAUUAACUGUAGAAUUAAAUCGACCUAUGCGCGUCCUUGGCUGGUAUCAUUCACAUCCACAUAUUACAGUUUGUCCAUCACAUGUUGAUGUUAGAACUCAAGCUACUUAUCAAACAAUGGAUCACAGUUUUGUAGGCUUAAUAUUCUCAGUAUUUUCAGAGGGCAAAGAAUCAAAAGAACAUGAAAUUUUUUUAAAUUGUUUUCAAUCGGAUAAUGGUGAAGCUACAGAAAUACCAUUAGAAAUAGUACAUACUCCAGAUAUUUCAGACAGAUGUUUAAGAACAAUGACAGACUUGUCAAAAAUUUUGGUACAAGAAGAAGAAGAUAUGGCUGAAGCCUGUAAAGAUCAUCCAGAUGUCCUCGCCAGUAUUCAUAAUGAUGCUGUUAGGACACGUGCGUUGGUUCAUAUAACAGAUAUCAUUACAAAGCCUUUGGUACAAACAUUUGAAAAAAGAAUAGCAUUAAAUAAAUUGCGAACUAUACAUCUCCGAAGACAAUUACAAGAAUUACAAAAAAUGUGUAAUGGUUAAAACUUGUACUUUUUCAGAAUCAAUAAUUAUAAG